AUGGCCUCCAUCGGAGAAAAUUCGAUGCGGAAACAUUUACGCGUUUGUCGGCGCCGUCAAAAACGCCGCGUUUCCAAUCGUACGGCCGUACUCUCUGUCAACACGACCCAUACUUCUCGCACUCAUACUUCUCAGGGCGGUUCAACAACCGAGUCCGAUUCAGUGUACUUGGUAGAGGAUAUCCUCGGGGAGCGAAUUGUUAAGGGUCAAAAAUUUUAUAAAGUGCGGUGGCAAGGGUUUCCUCCUGAGGCGGACAGUUGGGAACCAGAAGAAAAUCUGUCUAAUGUGCUUGAGGCCAUCAAUUUAUACCAUCGACGCCAAACGGAAGAACUGUCUAAAACAGGAAGUGACUUGGCAAAAGAUUGUCCCUCGGGUUGCGCCAACUCCCCUGCUUCCCUGCCCACGCCCCCUUCUACGCCAGGCUGUUCUUUAGCCAAGCGGCUCCGGGGUGCAAGUGAGGAACGCCAUUCACAUCCAUUAGGGCUAAAACGCAAGCACGGUCCAAAAUCGAGAACCAGUGGUCGUUACGAGUACGUGCCAAAACACGAACUGGUCGCUUCGAAAACAAAGUAUUUUGAUGAUAUUCGGGACGGGAAAAUAGAUCUGAGUUCAAACGAUUUAUAUUCACGUGUGAAGACUCGCAGGCGCAUGAACGAGACAUCUCAUCCAAACACGAGUACCGAGUCUGUACAUAGCACAAGUAAUAGUGUUCAAGGCGAUCCGGAACAUGAUGUCGAAACUUCCAUAGAUCCGUUGGCCUCGUGCUCUUUGAAGCGAGAGCCCACUUCCCCUGCAUCUGACUCGAUCCACGCCGGUGGUUCAUUAAGCGGAUUUCAGUCUACAGUAGACAGCACUGAGUCCGAGCAACUAAAACCCCAUCUGACCGAUCCCAUUGAAGCAGCUCUAUCUGAACCUAUCUCAGAUAUGACUCAAUGCUAUUCAAUUGUGGAGCUGGAAACUCCUCAUGAUAUGCCUAUUCGUUCCACCGCUGAUUGUGCGACCCAGUCUGAGGAUCAGGUGUUGGAUAUCCAAACUUCUGGGUUGUGCGUGCCAUCGGCAUCCUCUUCUUAUCACCUGAAGGUGUCAUCCGUGGAUGUGGCCCUUUCACCAAUUGCUUUUAACAACCAUAUCGAUGACGAAACACAUUCUCCCCUGCGAUCCAAUUCAAUGGAGGUAGAGAAUACAGAAGAAAAACUGUUGGAACCCCGUGAAGAAUCCUCUGACAGACAGGGCCCAAUAGUUUAUUCACUACGCAAACUAGUGCAAGACUACUUUCGCUUGAUUGCUUAUGUUCAGCGAACGAGUCCUGAAGCGAAAAAAACGGAUUCCGUUGAGUUCAGCAAUGCUAACGAUGAAAUUCGUUCUCUGGAUGAUCUUCCACGCUUGGUGAACUACAGUCCACAGGCCUCUAUUCGUUCACGUGAGGAAUUUCUUGAAGCAAUUAAUGCACAACGCUGGAGUCUUUUGUCCACAGUAACCGAGCACUGUUCACCUAAUGCGAAACCCACUGGUUAUGUAGCUCAACCUGAUAAAGUGACCCUACCAUGGUCUAGUCAAGCUGAUAGUGAAACAUCCAGCGAACUUCUCACCGCCGCCCUCCAGGCUGGCGGUGAUCGGCCAAUUGUUCUAGACCAUUUACUCCGCACUGGACUUAAUCCAAAUGGCCGCAUCACGGACGAAGGAGCCCAAUGGCCUCUACUGGUAUAUGCUGUCCGCUUGCGUCGCUUACAUGCAGCGCAAGCUCUGCUUGAUGCUGGAGCCUAUCCAGACAGUGUGGAGCCUGGUCCGAAACGCCGAACAGCCCUUGGGGUAGCUAUUGCUGCGGGUGACGUGGACAUGGCUCAUAUGCUAAUAUUGGCUGGCGCCAAUUUCUACGAAGUGGAAACGGGCACUACUGCUCUCAGUUUGGUCAUGAAGUUGAUCAAUGCGUAUUCAUCCACUCCUGUUCCAUUGUCCAAACUGCCUCCACUUUCCGUGGCGGAGGCACAAGAUCGUCGACGUAGCGUGGACAGCGAGCUGCCUCCUGUCCCUCCUCCUUCGCCCCCACCUGGAUUCGAGAUUCCUACAGUGCCAAAGUCGAUACUAUUUAACGCUAUGAUUCAUUCGGCUGUUACGGCUGGAUCCAGUGUUAACGCAUCGGACAACAUCACCACAACAAACACAACUACAAUGUGCACUUCUACCGCACCUUCCUUAGCACAUUAUUCACCACACGUAAACACCAAAUGGCACCAUCACCCGAACAACGGAGCCAACGAAGAUGGAAUACGACCGCUGAUAGGUUUACCCUCUGUAGACAGUUUACGACGUUUGUACGAUUUGGUCGCGGUGCAUCAUGCCCGUCUAUCGGUCCGUGUAACUGGGCUCGUGCGUAACUGGCUUACCCGAGCCGGUCUCUCUCAAGUGGGUCUAGUUUCCCCUUGUCAGUGGGUUCACACACGUCAGCAGAGUGUGUCUUUACGAUUCACCUGGCCACAUCCCUUUCAUUGGGCUAAAUUGAACAAUUCUCGACCUGUUGUUCCCAUACUACUACUUGUUCACGGUCGUUUGCUGCCUCCAGCCUGUUAUGACUUGUGGAUGGAUGACGACGGUCCGUGUCUGAUCGAUACAGUGUGUUUAGACGGUCAUGUGCAACAAAAGCCACUAGGACGGGCCGCGUUUACCACUACUUUGUUCCCACUCCGUUGGGAUCAAGCGCGAACUGGGAACACACCUACCGGGGGGCAAACACACGCACAUCACGUGUCCGUUACAUUCCGAGCCACAAUGGAUUCAAGUUUGGAGAGGCGAACAUGUGUUGCUCUAAUGAUUGUUGCUGUUACACAGGAUGCAAGUCAAUCACAUACUGGAACUACUCCAGCUAAUGGGCGUGGUUCUCUUCGUCCACCGCCAGCUCGAUCGACACUGUCUACUUCGAGUCGAACGACCAUUGGGUCACCACCUCACGUUUCCCGACAGCGUUCUGUUUCCUGA